GCCCCCGCCAGCCCUCCCCUGGAGCCCUUCACUCAGAAGGACUUCUGAGUCCUCUUUUCCCAGUUCCUGCUUCCACUUAACUCCCAUUCCCGAGUCCUGGCCCAGGAGAGAGAUUGAGAAAGACCAAACUGUCUCCAGCGCCCCCUUCUCAGCGGCGGAGUGGGAUAGUCAGGGCCACCGCUCAGCCGGCAGGACACCUUGACACCUCGGCGAACCCCGGCAGAUUCAGAAGUGUAGAGACUUACCUUCCAGCCUGGGCCCCACUUUGGUCUUCCUGGGCCUCACAUGGCGUUGGAGGUACCAAGUCGGCCUGGGAGCUUGGAGGCUGUCCUGGUGGGGGACGAACUUUUCCCAGCUGUCCCGUGUUCUGCCUCAGGACGAGGCUCUGGCCCCUGAGUUUGUGGCUGCAGCUGAAUACAGUGCAUCUCCGGGCGCGGGCCUGGGGGGCCUUCUCCAGCGGCUGGAGACAGUGUCAGAGGAGAAACGCAUCUACCGGGUGCCGGUGUUCUCGGUGGAGUUCUGCCAGGCCCUGCUGGAGGAGCUGGAACAUUUCGAGCAGUCGGACAUGCCCAAGGGAAGACCCAACACCAUGAACAACUAUGGGGUACUGAUGCACGAGCUAGGCCUAGACGAGCCACUGGUGACACCGUUGCGGGAGCGUUUCCUGCAGCCACUGCUGGCCCUGCUGUACCCAGAGUGUGGCGGGGGCCAGCUUGACAGCCACCGUGCCUUUGUGGUCAAGUAUGCGCUGGGCCAGGACCUGGAGCUGGGCUGCCACUAUGAUAAUGCUGAGCUCACCCUCAAUGUGGCCCUGGGCAAGGCCUUCACAGGGGGUGCCCUAUACUUUGGGGGCCUCUUCCAGGCGCCUGCAGCCCUGACGGAGCCCCUGGAAGUGGAUCAUGUGGUGGGCCAGGGUAUCCUGCACCGCGGUGGCCAGCUGCACGGGGCUCGGCCCCUGGGUACCGGAGAACGCUGGAACCUUGUCGUCUGGCUCCGGGCAUCAGCUGUUCGAAACCGCCUCUGUCCCAUGUGCUGCCAGAAGCCAGACCUGGUGGAUGAUGAGGGCUUUGGUGACGGCUUCACCCGGGAGGAGCCGGCCAUGGUAGAUGUAUGUGCACUGACUUGAGCCUGGUUCCCCCAGAGGUGCUGGUGCCAUGGCAACAGAAAACUGCCAUCUUGGGCAGGGAGGGCAGGAAUAAACUCCGCAGCUAUGACACUUCUUGGAUCAAAGGGACGUGCUGACUUCUGGGUCCCUCUUUGGCAGAGGAGCUGUCACAGGGCAGAGCUCCUGAAAGACAAGCCUACACUGAGAUGAAGUCCUGAGGCUGGAGGGUGGAGCAGGCCCAGGAAGGGAAGGGGCCCCAAAAGGGUGUGUUUUCCAAUGAUGUCCAGCCUCAGCCUGACCCCUGGGGAGCUCUGAUGCGGGGUGGGGGGACCCAGCCCGUGGCUCCCAGGCAUUUAAGUGGAGCUUGUCGGUCUAGCCACAGUGCUGGGGGGUGGGGAUGCAGACUUUCUGGGUUCAAGCCUCUGUUCUGGCACGGCCAGCUGCGUGGUCCUGGACUUGCUUGUGCACUGGGUGUAGUGACCGUCCAAAAAGUAGACGUUUAUAAAGCACUUUAUAACAGCC